AUGUUAAUUUUCUAUGGUUCUUAUGGCUAUGCAAAUUGUACAGCUCAAUCUGGUGUGACUUGGGAUAAUUGUAUUGAUUUGUGUUACGCAAGUUCGGAUUGCUAUGUGAGUCUUAUUGUUAGCCUUUUUUCUGAAUUAGCUUUUUUCUUGUAGUCUGCGUAUUCGACUUCAGCCUCAACUUGUAAUUUUUGUGGAUUUGGAGGAUUGAAAACAAUAGUGUUCUCAAGUUCUGAAACGACUACAAUUAUUGCAGUCAAGGUAAAUGAAUAGAUCAAAAAUGUGAUGGAUACCUAACAAAUGAAGUUUUUCUAGAGCGAUGAAACAACUUGUCCAGCUAGUCAAAAUCUAACCACCGAAUACAUCAAUAAAGUUAUAAAUUUUAUCUUUUAUGAGUGUUUGAUUCAAAUUUGGGAAUGUUUUUAUUAAAGGUGGAGUACGAGGUAAAAAUAAGUUAGGCUCGUUUGAGAUGAAAAUUGCAAUUAGUACAUUCCUCGAAGGAUUCUUAAUGGAAACUUUUCGAACAUAAGUAAGACAAGUUCGAAGUUCAUAAAAACAGUGAAAAACCGUGUAAAAUGAGUCACAUACAUCAGUAUCCCCGGAUUUUCGUCCGGAGGGUCUGGCUAACUUUGGAAAUGGAAGUCUUGUCUGGGCUUCUGGACAUCCGAUAACUGGAUUAGAUUGUGCGACUUUGCAAGUUGAGACUGCGUUUACGUGA